AUGCCCGACUCCCCACCACCACAACGACGACGCUCCCGCUCCCGCUCCCGCUCCCGCUCCCCACCCCGCCAGCCCAAGAAAUCCUCCACCGGCGGCUUCCGAUGGAAGGAGAAGCGUCGUCCGGAGCGCGGGGAGGACGACGACGCCGCCCGAAGGUUAGAUCGGGGGUAUCGCGCGCGGGAUGACCGGUACCGCGACCGUCACCGCGACAGCUACCAACCCCGAGAUCGAGACGACCGCGACCGACCGGCCGAAAAGCCCAUCUCGACCUCCACCGACGACCCCGCCAGGAGAGAGAAGAAGGAGAAAAAGAAGAAACGGCCGGCGAUCCCCUCCGAGCCCAUGAUCCUGGUGCAUGUCAACGACCGGCUGGGCACGAAGGCCACGGUGCCCUGUCUGCCGUCGGAUACGGUGGGGGAUCUGAAGACGCUGGUGGCGGCGCAGAUCGGGCGGGCGCCGCGCGAGAUCCUGCUGAAGAGGCAGGGGGAGCGGCCGUUCAAGGAUUUUAUCAGUCUGGGGGACUAUGGGAUUACGAAUGGGGUGCAGUUGGAUUUGGAGAUCGGGACGGGGGAUUAG